AUGGCUGCUGUUGUCGCUGGGGCAGGCGGUCAACUCAACCCGUCAAGGCAGGUCUUCGAAUUUGCACUCAGAUCGACAAGUAGCGAUGGCAAACUUUGGCCGGAAGAGCAAUACAAGGCAGCAGAAAGGCUCAAUCCAGACGACUCCGAGAUUGACAAGCGGAAAUACCAAGAGUUUCUACUCAAGCUAGGGGGCCUCUUGCGAGAUCAGUUCUUGAUAAGGGAUCCGGUAGCUCGAACUCGCAACUACAUUUUGAAGGAAUUGCCAGAAAACUACCAUAUUCGAAGAAAGCCCAAGACAAAGGCGGACAAGGACAAAAGGGAGAACCACGACUACUUCAUUUACGGGCAUCCUCUUAGUGAUAGGAGCGGGAAUCCGAGAAGUUAUGCUACUGCCAACGAGUUCUUUCAUCAUCUCAUAUGGAUCAUAGGUGGAUCAAAUGAUCAGGGAGACUGUGCUUGCAAAUUAUGUAACAAGAGCGCCAAGCACGAGCCCGAGGCUCUGAAGAAGAGGAUAACGGCAGCCACCGGACCAGUUUCGGCCCACGGAUCCCCUGCUGCGUCACCGGCUUUGCAGGCAACGUCGAUGAGGAGGUCCGCCUCUGCUUCAUCUGUCAACAAAUCUCAAGCACUUCCAAGAGCUGCAGUCCAGCCUCAGCCAGCAGCUGUACCACACCAACAACAGCAACAGCAGCAGCAGCCGAUUCCUGUCCCUGUUCCUGCUGCGCCUGCCGCUGCGGUCUCUACUGCAGCACCGGCUCCAACUCCGGUUCCGGCACCUACACCUUCCCAUAUGCAAACACCUGUUCAUAUACCAGUGAACGCUGCGAGCUCCUCAAACUUGACUCAGAUUCAGACAGAGGCGAGGCCCUCUCCUGAGGAGAUUGUCAUAUUUCGGGAAGGUGAAAUUGUUUGGUACAAGAAUAAUAAUGCCUGGCGACUGGGUGUUGUCCUCGAGAUUGUUCCACCAAAUGGAGCUGGCAAUGAUCAACCCAAGUGUCUCAUCAAGCCUUUGGCACAUUCAGCUAUUCAGUUAGAGAAUGUGUUGAAGACUGAGCCUGAUAUGCGGCCCUACCUGGCCUUUAGUGUUCCUCCUGUCAACAUGAGAGAGAUACAGGGCCGUAAGAUGAGCCAGGUUGAUUGGCAUCAGUACAGCCAAUACGCGGGUGGUGACCGGCAGAAGCAAGAAAUGCUCGGACUCGAGGCAAGCAAGCUGGCGGUCGCCGAGAUUAAUGAUUCUUACUCGACCUUCAACAACUAUGCUAUCAACCCAAUAGAUCCCAACAAGCAAAGUGUCGGUGGGCUGUUCCUUGGAGCCGAGCGCAUCUGUGUGAAUGAAGCUGUUCGUUACCGGCUGCGUUCAAACGAGAACAAUCCAACGUGGAUCAAGAGUCUACCUGUCGUCAUGCAUUUGCGCGAGAUCUAUGUUGCCGCGGACGGUCUCCAUUUCGUGGGAGACAUUUAUCGGCUCGAGGAGAGAGCAAUGCAGCAACCAAUGCCCACCCACGGCCCACUGCCUGCCGCCAUGAUUCGCGAACAGCAAUUCCGUAGUGAGAUCAGAAAGCGUGCGGGUACCCGUUUUGAUUGGGUUCUUAUUUCACAAAACCAAGACAGGGACGAGACGUCGAUUCGUGGCAGAUUCUACGAGGCCGCAAAACUGUUGCCUAUUAUUGAUUUGGCCAAUUUCCAGGCUGCGCUGAGCAGGGGCAUUGUUAGCGACGUGCAAUCCUAUCUCAACACCCGCCUAGAAACUCUCAGCACAGCCACUGACCGGCGAAAGCAGAAUCGUCGUGAGGCUCUUUCGACCGCCGUCCCCGACGGAUUCUUUCUAAGCUUCGGUCCAGACAUUAGGGAAUAA